AAAGAAGUGAAGUGAAGGCUUUGAAUUAUCAUCUUUAAUUUUGAAUAUCCGGCCGGUUGUUGCACGUGCGACAAUUACUAGAUAAUUACUUCAUCCGUCGACUGAUCGAAGCAUUAAAAUGAAACCAGAUAAUGAUUUAUUGCGUGAAAUAUUAAAAAUCGACACAUUCAAGCUUGGUGAAUUUGCUCUUAAAACCGGCCCAUUAUCUCCAUUUUACAUCGAUCUUCGACAUAUGACAAGCCAUCCAAAAGUAUUUAAUUCGGUAUCAAAGGCCAUCUAUGCAAAGAUGAAAGCUCUUAACAUCAAAGCCGAUGCAAUCUGUGGAGUCCCAUAUACAGCUCUACCUAUUGCGUCUUUUAUUUGUUCCCAUCAUGAGAUUCCUAUGUUAGUGAGACGGAAAGAACGUAAAGAUUAUGGCACAAAAAAGAUGGUCGAAGGAGUGAUAAAUCGUGGCGAGACAUGCCUAGUUUUGGAAGAUGUCGUCGUUAGCGGAGCAAGUAUUAUCGAAACAGUUGCAGAUCUUCGAAAAGAGGGUUUGGUUGUCACAGAUUGUAUUACAAUUCUUGAUCGAUUACAAGGUGGUGAGGAAAACUUGCGGAAAAUGGGUAUCACUUUACAUUCCUUGUUUACUAUAAAGGAUUUAUUUGCCUUGUAUUGUUCUAUUCAUGAUGUGGAUGAAUCUCAGAUUAAAAAGGUGUUUGAUUAUUUGCAUGACAAUGUAUAUGAAAUAUCAGAAAAUGACUUGGUAAAUUAAGUAUUGCCGCUGGCAAUUGCUUUCCCCAUGUAAAAAAACAAAAACAAGCAGGGUUUAGGUGCUAUAGAUUGUAUUUUUUAUAUUAUAUGCAAUAUGGGACCAAUAUUUAAUUCAUAUAAUAAUAUAUACUCACACAUCUAAUAUGAAUAAUUGUGCUAUUUAAAAUGUAGAAUAGAAUAUCUAUGGAACUGUGUAGGUGACCUGGAAGUUAAUCAUAUAUAUAGAGAUAUAUGCAUAUGCUUAUACUGUGAUAUUUAUUUUUAUGCUAUUUAAAAAAAAAAAAAAAGCCUUGGUGAAACUGCAUGUAUUUCUGUCAGCAUAAUUACUUCCAAAAUGUACCAUGUAGUAAAUGAUAUUGAAUGUGAAGUUAUUUCGCAGCUUUGUAGUAUACAAUUGUUAUACAUGGCAUAUAAUUGGAAAAUUCUGUACUAACAGAAAAGUGGCAUUUGUCUAGUAUUUAGAGCAUGUUUGAUAUAAUUCCCCCGUUGAUGAUAUUUUCUAUUGGCAUUUUUUUUAUUGCUUAUAUAAACAAUGUAUUGUUAGAAUUGACCUGUACCUUUAAUUUUACCGAGUUGCAAGAUAAAACGAUUGGGGGGGAAAAAAUCUAAAAUGUAUCACUUAUGAGGGACUUAUAUCAAAGCUGUACCUAGUAUUUAUUCUUGAUAUCUUCUGCUGUCAAGAACUUACAUCUUAGAGAGAUGUAAGUAUUUAAAAGCAUUGUGAGGAACCUGAACAGGCAUUUGAGAGCAUUGAAAUGAAUUUCACUCAUAGAAAUAUUUCAAACAUAUAAACCAUGAAUUUAUUUAUGAUAGUCUUUCUUUUUUUCACAUAUUUAUGUAAGAUAUUUUGAAAAAAGGAAGAAAUGUUCUGAAAAUGGUGUUAAAAUCAUUGUAAUACUCAAAUUGAAGUUAUCUAGAUGUGUAUUUGAAGAUGAUUAUUUACAGUGAUUUGCAUCGUGUCCAAUCCUUGUUUAUUAUAAUCAGUGUAAUACUUUCUAAUGUCUUAUAGUAUUAAGAAUAUUUAAUAAUUUGUAUGGUAUGUAUUGGGAUUUAUAGCAAAGAUUAAUCAUGCACAUCACAAUUUUAAUUAUUGUAUCUCUUCAAAGAAAAUACUAUUCAUAAAAGUAUUCACAUGUACUAUUUUUAUAAGAGACCAGCUAUACAUUUGAUGCAUAGUUACAAUUGGUGACAUUUUUCUUAUGAAAUUUUAUUCUUAUGAAUGUUGAUAUAUGAAACAUUACAAUUAUUCAAAUUAUAUUAAAAUACAAUAUGUAAUUCCAGUUUUUGUAAUGGAUCUGAAAAUAAUGUAUCCUUUUGUGAUAAAAUGACUAUAUUUUUAUAUGGAAAUGACUGUAUAAAAAAAAUAUAUGGCUUUUCAUAUUUAUACAUAGAGUGGGUGUAUUCACUCUUUUAAACAUUUGAACUGGAAAUUUUUCUAAUGUUGAUU